AUGGCCUCGACACCUCGUGGCGCGAAACGUCGUCGCUCACGGACUCCACUCGCCGGUUCUUCUCCCACCCCAGCCGGGCAUCCUACUCAUGGUCGUCGCGACUCGGAGUCGUCUCUCCCGCCUUCCUCUCCACCGCCACCCUUCUCCGAUACUGAUGAUAGUUUUGAUGAACGGGAUGCAGUCAGGGAGAUCGAUGAUGAAGAUCAAGAGGGCGAGGAUCUUUUCGGAGAGGAUCUGGAAGAGGACUAUGCUCCAAACCAAAUGCUCGAUACUUACUCGGACGCCGGAAUCAACGAUGAGAAUUUCGACGAGAUGUCGGUUGGAGCUCGACGUGCAGCCGAGGCGAAAAUGGACCGCAGAGAUGCGCAGGGCGGUAGGCGUGGAGCUAGGGCUGCGCGGAGGAGCCGCAUGCCUGACUUCCUGCAGAGUGACGACAUGGAUGAUGAUUUCGACGCUGGCCUCCUGGCAGGCACGAAGAGGCGUACGAGAAGGCAGUAUGAUGAGAGGAAGGAGCUUGAUGACAUGGAAGGCAUUGAAGAUGAACUACCGCUGGAGCAGUUGAGCGAUAUCAAAGCGAAGUCGAUCGCCGAGUGGAUUGCGAAUGAGCGGGUUCGCCGGUCCAUAGUCAGGCACUUCCGCCAAUUCUUGAUGACCUAUGUGGACGAGCACGGUGCUUCCGUCUACGGACAACGUAUUCGCAAUCUUGGAGAAAACAACUCGGAGUCAUUAGAAGUGUCCUAUCUUCAUCUGGCUCUCUCGAAGCCAAUUCUCGCCUACUUCCUUACCAACUCACCUACGGCCAUGCUUGCUAUCUUUGACGAGGUAGCUCUUAAUGCCAUCCUGGUGUACUAUCCCUCCUACGAGCGGAUCCACUCAGAGGUCCACGUCCGGAUCACGGACCUUCCGCUCAGCUCGUCGCUGCGUGACUUGCGCCGUUCGAAUCUGAACAACCUUGUGCGAGUGUCCGGUGUCGUCACCAGACGCACGGGCGUCUUUCCUCAGUUGAAAUAUGUCAAGUUCGACUGCCGCAAGUGUGGCGCUGUCCUUGGACCAUUCUACCAGGAUGCGACCAAGGAAGUCAAGAUUAGUUACUGCCCGAAUUGCGAAGGCAAGGGCCCAUUCAGCGUGAACUCGGAGCAGACUGUUUAUCGCAACUACCAGAAGAUGACCCUGCAGGAGUCUCCCGGUUCCGUGCCUCCCGGUCGCCUGCCUAGACACCGUGAAGUUGUUCUACUUUGGGAUCUCAUCGACACAGCCAAGCCCGGAGAGGAAAUUGAAAUCACUGGCAUCUAUCGCAACAACUUCGAUGCCUCACUCAACUCCAAGAACGGCUUCCCCGUUUUCUCCACUGUUAUUGAGGCCAAUCAUGUCAACAAGAAGGAAGACCAGUUUGCCGCGUUCCGACUUACUGAAGAAGACGAUAAGAUGAUUCGCAACCUUGCGCGAGACGAUCGUAUUCGCAAGCGGAUCGUCAAGUCCAUAGCACCGUCGAUUUAUGGUCAUGAAGACAUCAAGAUAGCCCUCGCAUUGUCGCUUUUCGGUGGUGUGCCAAAGGACAUUAACCGCAAGCACCGUAUCCGCGGAGACAUCAAUGUCCUGCUGCUGGGUGAUCCUGGAACAGCCAAGUCGCAGUUCUUGAAGUACGUGGAGAAGACCGCGCAUAGGUCGGUAUUUGCGACGGGCCAAGGGGCGUCUGCUGUCGGCCUGACCGCGAGUGUGCGCAAAGAUCCAGUCACGCGCGAAUGGACCCUCGAAGGCGGGGCCUUGGUGUUGGCAGACAAGGGGACAUGUCUCAUCGACGAGUUCGACAAGAUGAAUGAUGCCGACCGGACAUCGAUCCAUGAGGCAAUGGAGCAGCAGUCGAUCUCGAUCUCCAAGGCGGGCAUUGUCACUUCGCUGCAGGCGCGUUGCGCUAUCAUCGCUGCUGCGAAUCCGAUUCGGGGCAGGUACAACCCUACCAUUCCGUUUCAGCAGAACGUAGAGUUGACGGAGCCCAUCUUGUCGCGGUUCGAUGUUCUCUGCGUCGUGAAAGAUACUGUGGACCCAGUCAAGGACGAGUUGCUGGCGAGAUUCGUCGUCGGCAGCCAUCUGAGAAGCCAUCCGAAGUUUGAAGCGGACAAGGAGGAAAUGAACGUAGGCACCACGCUCGAUGCAGAUAUCAUAUCUCAAGACGUCCUGCGGAAAUAUAUCAUGUAUGCACGAGAGAGAGUCCGACCGAAGCUCUACGACCUUGACCAAGAGAAGCUGUCGCGUCUGUUCGCUGACUUAAGACGCGAAUCCUUGGCGACUGGUUCGUUCCCAAUCACUGUGCGCCAUCUGGAGAGCAUGAUCCGUAUGGCAGAGGCGAGCGCGAAGAUGGCUCUUAGGGAAUACGUCCGGGCAGACGACAUCGACCUCGCCAUCUCUGUCACUGUAGGAAGCUUUGUAAGUGCCCAGAAAAUGUCGAUCAAGAAGACACUUGAGCGGGGAUUCCGCAAAUACCUCACGCAAGCUCGCGAUCAUGAAGAGCUGCUGGCCUUCCUAUUGGGCAAUAUUGUAAAGGAGAAGGCUCGCUUGUACCAGCUACAGCGGUAUCAGCAGCCAGAAUUGAUCACCAUCAAGAUCUCCGAGUUAGACGAACGCGCGAAGGAGCACGAUAUAUUUGACACCACGCCGUUCCUCCGCUCGAAACUGUUCGCCUCCAACGGUUACAAGAUGAACGACGGUAUCAUCGAGAAGAGAUUCCCGCGCGGCGACGAAGCUUAA